AGCGCGUCGUCAAUCGUAUAACAUUACUAAUAUAACAUACUCUCAUUUUUUAUUAUUAUCAUUAAUCAACAACCACGACGAUGAUGAGCUCUUCGAUGACUGGUCCUAGUGGCGGCAGUGGUGGUGGCUUGCAGAAAUCAUCGUCCGGAGGUCCUCUGUCGACACAGUCAGCGGUUGAAAAGUCGAUGGUGGUGUCGUCUGGCUAUGGCACGUACAACAGACGUGGCACGAUGGAUCGUCGUCGUCGGACCGACUAUCGUGAUGGCAGGGAUGGAGACCAUCACGAUGACGACGACGACCGAGAUGACGACGAUGACCGUCUGUCCGAGUUAUCCGACUCGGGACACUUUCUCGCUAAAGGUGCGUUUCUCAUCACGCCCAGCAACGAGCUAAACCUGGAGAAAGCGACAGCCAUUUGCGAGAAGAUGAACUAUAGAGGACCGUACUCAGUUACCAAGACGGCCACGGGCAUACUGUUUAAGUUUGCUGAACAAGACGACUAUCACGUGACUUUCCGCAAGGGAUUUCACAAGGUGACUAACUCGAGGUUCUACAAGAAGAUUCCUAUACCAUGCAGACCACAAAAAACAUUUUCGGUUUUGGUGUAUGAGAUCCCUGAAGACAUUCCUGAUGAAGACAUUCGGCAUUCAUUGUAUAAAUUUCAAACUGUCGUCGAAGUUGUUAGACUUUAUCAUGCGGGGUACCGUCAUGCGCCCUUGACCGUGGCGGACGGAAAGAACUCGGCUACGUCGCAGACAGCUGUUGAACAGCAACAGCAACAGCUCCUGCAAGCCGGACCGGCGUCGUCACUGGCGGCGGCGGGCGGGUCUGCGUCUGCGAACACACAACAACACCACCCCUCGCCGCCCGUGGUGCGCGUCACACUGGCGUCCGUCGAGGAGUGCAACGUGCUGCUGCAUAACGGUUUGGACUUUUACGGGGCCACUUUCUUCCCGGUCGAGGCCGCCUCCCCCGUUAUACCGAAAAAGAAAUCGUUGCCGCCAAACAGCCGUCUGAUGGAUUUGGUGACGACCAGUGGUCAUCGUAUUCGCGAUCUGUUGCCCGUCUUCGACUCUGCAGGAUUUACGAAAAUUCCGCCACCAGCCAGCAAAGUGGUUAAGCCGCACUAGUCGAUGACGACGAUUUUCUAGUCUAGUCGACUAUACGGUUUAAAUAUACGCGCUUGAGAAUAUUCAUACAAAAAAUAUUUUUAUAUAUAUUAUACUCUCGUAUAUGAUUUUUAUUUUCAUUUCAAUUUUAACAAACAUAAAAAUUCCAACUUCGCAUCAAUUUACUGCAAAACCAUUAGGUACAAUAUUAAACCGCAUUUUCUAAUAACACGCAACGUUUAGUAUAUCAUAAUGCAUAAUAUUAUUAUCGUAGUAUAACGUUAGACGAUUAUAUUAUAAACAUUCUUAUUUUUAUUUUUUUUUUCGUGUACUAUUAUUACUAUCAUAUUUUAAUCCAAUAAAAGGUUCAUUCGAAACGACAUAGCGUUUUAUUUUAUAUAAAUUAUAUACAAGCACCUACUGCAUGUACACGUAGAAACCUCCUACAUUAUCAUAAUAUAUUUCUGUAUAUUACAGUCGUUCCGCGGUCCCGCGCCAAGAACUCCGGCAAAGUUUUCUGCAAAUUCGUAAAGUUUUCGUGCGGAACAGCCGCCACCGUGGGUAUAAAUACGGGUCGUCUCGCGUUAAUCGUCAAUUCAAGACGUAAUACUUUAUUUAUAAAAUACAUUAUUACGAGUGCGUGUGCAUGUCUCGAGACAAAUCUGCCGCCACUGCUGUCAGAGGUGGUGCAGAUGUAGUCAUGUGCCAAUUGUUCAUUUUGCAUUUAGUUUUACGUCGCUUCCUCUCGCGGCACUCUCUCUCAUUCUCUCUCUCUCUCUCUUUAUUCGCUCUAAGACUACUCACCGCUCCCGAACUGGCUCAUACCAUACUCAUUCCCCUAGCUGAAUAUUAUAUUUCCACCAUUUAACCGCGAAAUCACACUUAAGUAUUAGUUAAGAGUAUGCGCUCCUUCGCGCUACGACAUAAUAAUACGUGAAUCAGCACUGUAUAAUAUUAUAUUAUGCUGUCGAUAUAUAAUAUAUAUUUUAAAAGCACAAACAAAAUAAUAUGUAAAAUAUUAUGAUGCUAAGUGGUUGGUUGUCACGAAAGCGGGGUUGAUGAGUUACACUCGUGUCCGUGCUGCAGGGUGAUUCACGGGAACACACUACAGUUUUAUCAAUUUUGUAGUUUUGUAUACAGUAUAA